GAUAACCAAAGUUAUUUUUUGAAAUAUGUGCAUGCUUAUUAUCUCAACAUUUUAUGAUUACGAAGCAGUUUAUGUUCUGUUCAUCCAGGCUAUAAAGGACAAGAACUCAAGAAAAUGUACGGAUUUUACAACAUCAACAAAUGCUGUGUACCAGUUGUCAAGCUGCUGGUUGGCAUUCUUCUUCUGAUGCCUCAAGGCCUUUCACUGGUUUGCCCUUCUGUUUGUCAGCGUUGUUCAAGGACUCUAGUUCAGUGCUGCAACUUGGGUUUCACAUCAGUUCCUCGGAACUUUGCAAAGACCACUUCAGUUAUUUACCUUAGCAGGAAUAACAUUUCUAAUGUAAUGCCUGAGGAUUUAGAAGGAUUUAACAGACUGUCAUCGCUUUUCCUUGAUAACAGCGGUCUCAAGGAUAUACAUCCUCAAGCUUUUAUUAGUCUCAUAAAUUUGUAUUACUUGUAUUUGAAUAAUAACCAGAUACAGUAUAUCAAGCAAGGGAUGUUUGGAAGCCUUUCAAAACUUCGAUACUUAUACCUACAACACAAUCACAUUCUUUCUAUUCCAAGAAGAAUAUUUUCUGAUUUGACUGCCCUUCGAUACUUACAACUUGAAGGGAACUCUCUUCGUGUGCUCAGCAAUGGAAUGUUCAUUGGUUUAGUGAGUCUUCAUACACUGCAUCUUGCUAACAACAGAAUUUCCAGGCUAUCUAAUUCCUCAUUUAAUCAGCUUGCACGACUGGAGUUUCUCAAUCUACAGAGCAACUACUUAACAUGGAUCCCGUCAAAUACUUUCAUUCAGCUUAAGAUCCUUAAAAGCCUUAUCUUAUCCAAUAAUCCAAUAAAGUUGAUCCAUGCUAAUUCAUUUAAUGGAUUAGGAAGUCUCAAAUAUCUUUACCUUGGUAAUUCCAAAAUAAAAUCCAUAGCAAAAGAUGGCUUUACUGCAAUGAAGAGCUUAAUACAUUUAACACUAAGUAACAACAGCAUAAUUCGCAUUAAUUCUGAUGCUUUUAAAAUAUUGUAUCUUGGGUAUUUGAGGCUUGACCAUAAUAAUAUAUCAUUUACUGAGUCUGAUGCAUUUGAAGGAAUGGCAACAACUUUGAAAAUUCUGCACUUGGCCAAUAAUCGUCUUGCAAAUUUGCUUCCUGAGGUCCUGAGACCACUGGUCUCGCUAAAUCACUUAGUAAUAAAUGGCAAUCCCUGGGAGUGCAACUGUAACUUGCUCAGUUUGCAUAGAUGGCUCUUGUCAUCCUCUUUGAGGUUAUAUAUACGUUAUCACAGUCCAUCCCAGCUGCGUGGUAAAUCCUUGCACUAUGUCAGUGUAAAUGAAGUUAGUGGAUGUAAUAACAGUUUAGUAUCUUUGGGAUUAGAUACUGAAAAGAGAUCUCCAACUACUAGCAAACUGUUAACCUCAAUAAAAACAGAUACCUCAAAUGUUCAUUUCAAGUCGGAGCACAAUUCUGUAACAGUGCAAGAUUUUAGAGAUGUAGUAUUUGCCACAGAAGGCACAGAGCAGUACACAAGCAUGCUACCAGGGCAACUAUCAAUGGCAAAUGAAUCUGUAAAUUUAACUACAUUUGCAGCUUCUGAUAUGGCAUCAAUUUCAAUCAAACCUUUGUUCAUCUGUGAACAAAAUUUAGAAAAGUUGAACCAAGCCUUUGACAUACUCUUGGUCUUUUUCAUCUUGGCCUGUGCAGCAGUUUUAUUCCUGAUAUAUAAAGUUCAACAGCUGCAUAAGAAACUCAAGGAUACUGAGGCAGAAGGAGACAAUGUCCUAGAGUAUUACGGUGUGUAUCCAUAUGCAAGGUAUUAUGUGACAGACUCAGUCCAGGUUAUACCUCCCGAAUCUGUGACAAAUCCAGAUGUGGACCAGACCAAUAUCCUAAAGAUAGCAGACCCUACUGAACAAGCUGAAGUUAUUCUCUUUGAGCACUCAGUUUUAUGAUUAUGUUCAUAUCUACAAUGUACGCUGAAUAGAAAGUUAUCAUUUAUAGGCAACAGAUUUUGAUUUUGAUCAGUUCAUUAGAGUUUAAACUGUGUAUGGAUAAUUUGUCAUCAUACAAGAAACCCCUGUGCAGAACAAUCUAUUAGUAAAAUACGUAUUUUUAUGCAAGUCUACAGCAAAACAUCACCAAGUUUUUUUUUUCUGAAGCAUCGAAACACCCUGGGGUCCAACUGGACUAUGUGGACCAGGUAUCCUAACUUAAUCUAGUCCCAUUUGCCAGCAUUUGGCCCAUAUCCCUCUAAACUCUUCCUAUUCAUGUACCCAUCCAGAAGUAUUUGUAUCAGCCUCCACCACUUCCUCUGGCAUCACUCUCUCUGUGAAAAAGUUGUUUCUUACAUCCCUUUUAAAUCUUUCCCCUCUCACCUUAAACCUGUGCCCUGCAGUUUUGGACUCCUGUGCCCUGGGAAAAAGGCUUUAACUAUUCACCCUAUCCAUGCCCUUCAUGACUUUAUAAAUCUCUUCUAGGUCACCCCUCAGCCUUUGCGCUCCAGGAAAAUAGCCCUGGCCUCUCCUUAUAAAACCCUCCAACCCUGAUAAUAUUCUUGUAAGUCUUUUCUGAACCCUUUCAAGUUUCACAACAGCAUUCAUAUAGCAGGGAGAUCAGAAUUGAACACAGUAUUCUAAAAAUGGUGGUGGUGCACUAUCCUGGAUGCCAGCCUAUGAGUUCUCUUACUCAGUUCAGGCCUAGUGGGACUCUUUUGCUGUCAUGAGUCUGCAUACCAGCAGCAACUACAAUGGCUUGUUGGCCCGGAUUCUAAAGAAAACGUUAACUGUUUGGCCGACGAUUGGCUUUGUUUUGGGUUUUUGCUGUGGGCUGACCUAUCCCUCUGUUCAGGAUAUGUCUGAGUGAGGCUAUGCAAUUGCCCUUAUUCAAGUGGUGCGCACCAAGCUGGGGAAGGUGUCCACUUCUAAUUGCAUGCCUUGUUCAGGAAGUUAUGAAAAAUAACCUGCAUUUUUAAAAAUCUCAGCACAUGGUUUUCUUUUAACAACUGCAAUAGAGUAUAGGUAAUAUGCAUUUAUAAUUUAGGGAAUGUGAAGUAUUCAAUUGGUGACAUUCCAAAAGUUUAGUGGAUUUGUUCCUUACAUUACAAAUAAUGACCAUGUAUUGUUCAUAAGCAAUAAAUAUCCUAAGAAGAAA